GACCUCGAGCAGGAGGGCGUCGAGACCCCUCGUGCUGAGGGCGAGGAGGCUGGCGAGACCACCGAGCUGCCUGAAGGUGAGACUCAGGCUGGCCUGGAGCAGUCCGAGGUGCCUACCAGUCAGAUUCCCGAGGGCGAGAACCUUCCCGAGGGCGUCAACGCCGAGGGUCAGGAGCAAGGGCAGCUCCCAGAGGGCGCCGAAGGCGCCGAGGGCACCAACACCACCGCCGAGCCUGCCGAGGUUGACUACUCCAUCCUCAAGGACUGCAAGGUCAACAAGCUGGGCAAUGUCGUCAACGAGAAGGGUCAGGCUAUCGGCCGCAUCAUCUCGGGCAUUACACAGCACUUGAUCGGCCGUAAGGUCGACGAGAACGGCAUCAUCUGGAACGACAGCGGCAAGGAGAUUGGCCGUGCCGAGCCCAUCCCCGACAACGAGCUCCAGGACCUGCUUGAGCCCAAGCCCUUCGAGUCUUUCGAGGGCAACGUUAUCGAUGGCAAGGGUUGGGUUCAGUGGGAGGGCCAGACCGUCGGCAAGGUCAUUGAAGGCGACCUGAAGGUGCUGCAGGGCAAGACUGUCGACGCUGAUGGUGAAGUUCUCGACAAGUCCGGCAAUGUCAUCGGCAAGGCUGAGCGCUGGGAGGAGGAGGAGCCUGAGGAGGCUGAGCCUGAGGCCCCUGUUGACCUGUCCAUCCUCGCUGGCAAGCGUGUCAACAAGGCUGGCAAUGUUGUCGACUCGUCUGGUGUCAUCUAUGGCCGUGUUGUUGACGGCGACCCGAAGAAGAUGGUUGGUCGCAUGUGCAACAAGAACGGUGAGAUCGUCAGCGAGUCUGGUGAUGUCCUAGGCCACGCCGAGCUUGUCAGCGAGGGCGAGCGUGAGGGGUCCAAGGAAGGCCCCUUCGCUGAGCUCUCAGGUCUGACUGUCGCCAAGGAUGGCACCGUUGUGACCCCCAGCGGCGAUAUUGUCGGUCGUCUUGUCACUGGCGACCCCAAGGUUCUCGCUGGCCGCUCCGUCGACGAGGAUGGUGAUGUCCUUGACCGUAACGGCAAUGUGCUGGGCCAUGCUGAGCGCUGGGAGCCCGAGCCCGAGGUUGAGGUCGAGAAGGAGAAGGGACCUCUGGCUGGCCUGCACGUCAACAACGACGGCAAUGUCGUCGACAAGCACGGUAACGUCAUCGCUAAGCUGACCAGCGGUGACCCGCACAUCUGCGCCGGCAAGGAGAUUGACGACGACGGCGAUGUCAUCAACUCUAAGGGCAUGACUGUCGGACAUGUGAACCUCCUCUCUGACAUUCACGAGGAGGAAGUGGGCGAGACUGAGGAGGAGAAGGAGGCUCGUGUGCAGAGGGAGCAAGACAAGAAGCUCGCCAUCCAGAUGUCCAUGGCCCUCGAGCAAUGCCUCGACAAGAUCAAGCCCAUCUGCAAGAUGAUCACCAACCGCAUUCAGGUCGAGGAGAGCAAGGCUGAGGAAGACCGUGACGAAGAGGCCCUCGUCAAGGAGGUUCGCCCCUUGAUCGAGGAGGGUGGAAACAUCCUCCGCGAGGCCCACGGUGUCAUCCGUGGUCUCGACCCUGAUGGCCACAUCCAGGCCAACGCCAAGCACAAGUCUGGCACUCGUGAGGCUUCUCCUGAGGAGUUCCACCUUGCCGAGAUUAUUAAGGAGCUUACUGAGCAUGUCACCGAGACCAUCGAGGGCGCCAAGCGCAAGCUCGAGGGUAUGCCUCACGCCAAGAAGGAGCUCAACCCUCUCUGGGGUCUCCUGGGCGAGCCCCUCUUCCAGAUUAUUGCCGCCGUCGGCCUGCUUCUCAGCGGUGUCCUGGGUAUCGUCGGCCGCCUGCUGCAUGGCCUCGGCCUCGGCGGUAUCCUUGAUGGCCUUUUGGGCUCUCUGGGCCUGAACAAGGUCCUGGACAGCCUUGGCCUCGGCUCCAUCCUGGGUGGUGGUAAGAAGAAGAAAUAG